AUGAGUGUCUCGGCACUGAGCUCCACCAGAUUCCCAGGCGGCAUUUUUGGGCUCCUCCAAGUGGCCUCCCUGCUUGGCCUGCUUCUGCUGUUGUUCAAGGCAGCCCAAUACUACCUACAAAGGCAGUGGCUGCUUAAAGCCUUCCAACAGUUCCCAUGCCCACCUUCCCACUGGCUCCUUGGGCACAAGAUUGACAGGGACCAGGAGUUACAGCAGAUUCUGUCAUGGGUAGAGAAAUUCCCGAGUGCCUGUCCUCGCUGGUUCUGGGGAAGUAGAGCUUUCUUUACUGUCUAUGACCCUGAGUACAUGAAAGUGAUUCUGGGAAGAUCAGAUCCAAAGGCCAAUGGUGCCUACAGAUUCCUGGCUCCCUGGCUUGGUUAUGGUUUGCUCCUGUUGAAUGGGCAGACGUGGUUUCAGCACCGGCGGAUGUUGACCCCAGCCUUCCACUAUGACAUCCUGAAGCCCUAUGUGGAAAUCACAGAAUCCGUCACAGUGAUGCUGGACAAAUGGGAGAAGCUGAUUGGCCAGGAAAACCCUCUGGAGAUCUUUCAACAUGUCUCCUUGAUGACCCUGGACAGCAUCAUGAAAUGUGCCUUCAGCGACCAGGGCAGUAUCCAGCUGGACAGGAAAUCCCAGUCCUACAUCCAGGCCAUUUCGGAUCUGAAUGAACUGUUUUUUUGUCGUGUGAGGAAUGCCUUUCACCAGAAUGACUCCAUCUACAGUCUGUCCUCUAAUGGACGCUUAUCACAACACGCCUGCAAGGUUGCCCAUGAGCACACAGACCAGGUGAUCAAGCUGAGGAAGGCUGAGCUGCAGAAUGAGAGAGAGCUGGAGAAGAUCAAGAAGAAGAGGCAUCUGGAUUUCCUGGAUAUCCUCCUGUUUGCCAGAAUGGAGGAUGGAAGCAGCUUGUCUGACAAGGACCUGCGUGCUGAGGUAGACACAUUCAUGUUCGAAGGUCAUGACACCACUGCCAGUGGCGUCUCCUGGAUCUUCUAUGCUCUGGCCAUGCACCCAGAGCACCAGCAGAGGUGCAGGGAGGAGGUUCAGAGCCUCCUGGGGGAUGGAGCCUCCAUCACCUGGGACCACCUGGACAAAAUACCCUACACCACCAUGUGUAUUAAGGAAGCCUUGAGGCUCUAUCCACCAGUUCCAGCUGUUGUUAGAGAGCUGAGCAAACCUGUCACCUUCCCAGAUGGACGCUCCUUACCCAAAGGCAUCCCAGUCACACUCUCAUUUUAUGCCCUUCACCACAACCCGAAGGUGUGGCCAAACCCAGAGGUGUUUGACCCUUCCCGUUUUGCACCAGAUUCUGCCCGACACAGUCACUCAUUCCUGCCAUUCUCAGGAGGAUCAAGAAACUGCAUCGGGAAACAAUUUGCCAUGAAUGAGCUGAAGGUGGCUGUAGCCCUGACCCUGCUCCGCUUUGAGUUGCUGCCAGAUUCCACCAGGGUCCCCAUCCCCACACCACGACUAGUGUUAAAGUCCAAGAAUGGGAUACACCUGCAUCUCAGGAAGCUCCACUAACUCUGGUAGGGAUAAGGACAGGCUCUGGGGGCC